CUCAAGAGUAACAUGUUGAAGGCGCUCACCUUCUACGAAAAGACAGAGGAGAAACUUCAAAAAAAGAUUGAACAGCAUCUCGCCACCGAAACAAGGAUGCCAAAGAGCCGAAAAGACCUGGAGCAUGAGGUGAAAGAUUUGCGAUGGUAUGCGCACUACAACAAGGAGGCCAUUCGAAAGAUUGCCAAGAAGUACGACAAACGAUGUGGCAAGUCGAAGACGAUGCAGGCUGAUCUCAUGGAGACUCUGCACCAUUCCUUGAUGGCCAACGCUGAUCAGCGCUGCACCGCAUUGCUUGAAAGCUUGGAGGAUUCUGAGGGCGAGCUGCCCUUGACGCAACCUUUGUUGCGAACCGAGCUGGAUUCG